AUGGAGGCAGAUUAACUAUUGGUGACUAAUUUUUUUAUAGAAUAAUAAAUAAAAAUAUUAAAACCCUAACCUCUAGCUAUUAAAUAAAGUGCUGAAAUUUUAUAACAUUACUAUAAAUUGUAAGCAGUAAUAAUUUUAACAUAUUAUCACUUUUAUUAGAAAGAAUAAGUCAAAAUCAUAGAAACAUCUUUGCUAAACAUUUAUUCAUUCUUUCAAUCAGACAACUUUGAAAGUUAUUAGGAUAUCAACACUAAAAUUAAUAAUUUACUUGAAGAUAUUUCUAGAAUUGAUGAUAAUACAAUAAAAAAGGGACAAUUUAGAAGAUCGAUUGGUAGAAAGUCAUUAUAAAAGUAUUUCUUGUUUAUUUAUAUAUUCAUUUAGAUCAUUUAAAAUUUUAUCUUUAAAGCUUAGGAUAACUUUAGACAUUAUCAGUAAAAACUGGAUAAAUAAACAAAAUUAAAAAAAUUAAUUAAGAUGGUCUAACAUAUGCAUUCGAAACAUACAAAAGUAUAUUGACAUAUUUACAAUAAAGUUCUUUGAAUUCAGAUUUAGCAUCAAUCUCUAAAAAGUUAUUAAAAAUGUUUAUAUGCAGAAUAUGUGAACAACCAAUCUAAGCAACAUAAAUGGCAUAACAUUGUAUAAAGUGUGAAUAAUAAGCUGAAAGUAAAAAAAGAUUAUUAGAACUUAAUUUGGAAUUAGCAAAUAUUUGUGAUUAAGCUUAUUUAGAAAAAAGAAAUGUACAAGUUAAGUUAGCAAUUAAAAAGUAUUAUUAUCUUGAUUAUACUUUAAGAAUGAGAGAUAAAACAAGGAAAAGAUAAUACCAUAAUACAAAAUUUAUUUAUAGAAGAGUUCAAACUUUAGAUGAUUAAGAUGAAGAUGAAGAUAAUUAAAAUGAAUAUUAAUAAGAAUUGAAUACUAUAGUCAACAUAAUGACAUAAAUUAUUAACUUUGCUGAAAAAACAUUAAAUAAUGCUGCUGAAGUUGAAGAUACUAAAUGUAAUAUCUUAUAAUGAGCUUUAUUAAUAGAAACUUUAGUAUUGUUAAAUGACAUUGUCAAUGCAAGUGGAUUUAUUGAAAGCCAAGAAACAUAGUCAAUUAUAAAUGCAACUCAUAAAUGUUUAUUAGAUAGACUUGAUUAUUAAAAAAAAUAAGAGAAUAUAAUCAAUAAUUCAUUAGAAGGAUCACCUAAUUAAAGUUAAGAUAAUAUCAGUAAAAUUAAAAGAGCAUUUACUAAAUCUAAUUCAAUUUCAUUUAGAAUGCCAAAAUUUUAAAAUUCUCCAUCUCCUUCUUAAAGGAUAUCUACAGAUCCAAUUUAAGAAGAAGAUGAUACACCAUAAUCACCUUAAAUUUAAUCAUCUUAAAAACUUACAUCUUAAAGAAGAACAUUUAAAAUGAAUUCUUCUAUUUUCAAGGUGAGUGAUGGAUCUGAUUCACCUAAAUCAAUUAAAUAACCAUCUACAUUGACAUAAAUCAAAACAAGUUAUUUUUCUUAAAUAGAAACAAAUUAAUCUAUAAAUUCUAAUAUAAGUGAUGUUAAAGUUGAAUAGACAUUAAAAUAAUCUAGUAAUGAAAUUAAAUAAUCUAGUAAUGAAAUUAAAUAAUCAAGAGAGAAUAUUUAAAAUUCAUUAUAAAAACUAUCCUAAUUCAAAGCUUCAAUUUAACCAUUAUUAAUGAAAAAUUAGAAAAAAUAAAAUUUAGAGGAAAUUACAGAAGAAAAAAAAUAUCCUAAUAAAAUAAUUGAAAUUAAUAAAUAAUCUAUUAAAGAUAGCGAAAAUUCAUCAAAUAAAUCUAGUUUAGAAUCUAGUAAUUCUAAUAUUAAUAAUAAUGAUUUAAUUAAUUUAGCUCCUAAAAUAAAAUAAAAAAAGAAAAACAAAUUAAGUUUUUAAUCCUAAGAAAUCGAUAAAAUGUAAUUAAAUGGUAAAAAUCCACAAAGAAAAAGUAAAUUCUUUGAAAAUCAAAUUUGUAAAUCUCCCAUUGUUGUAUAUGAUAAUACAAUGGAUGAAAUUUUGAUUGAUAAAGGAUAUCAUUCCGAUUCCAAUUUAAUAAAAACUGUUUCUCCAUAAUAAAAUGAAACUUUAAAAGUUGGAAUUAAAGAUUUUGAAUUCAUUAAAUUAUUAGGAAAAGGAGCUUAUGGAUGGGUUUUUUUAGUAAAGAAAAAAGGUUCAGGCGAUUUAUACGCAUUAAAAAUAAUUGAUUGUGCUUAAAGAGUAAAUUUGAUAUUUUUAUAAUAGAAUUUAGAAGCAUUUUUUGAAUAAUUAAAGGCUGAAAGAAACAUUUUUGAAAUUCUGAAUAGUAGUUUUGUUGUUAAAGCAUACUUUUCAUUUGUUCAUGAAUAGUAUCUUUGUUUUGUACAAGAAUAUAUGAUGGGAGGGGAUCUAGCUAGCAUUUUAAAAUAAUAUACGGUAGAUUCUAAUAUUAAUAUAAAAGGCACUUGAUGAAUUAUAUGUCUAACAUUAUAUGGCUGAGAUUGUUUUGGCUUUAGAAUAUUUAAGAUAAUAAAAUAUAGUACAUAGAGAUUUAAAACCAGAAAAUAUAUUAUUAGAUUGUUAAGGACAUGCUAAACUUGCUGAUUUUGGUCUAUCAGAAUAAGGAGUGAAUAGUAGAUUAAAAUUAAAAGAAAAUUUGAGUACUUAAAAUUCAGUAGAGAUACCAACUUGUAUAGAACAAAUUAGUGAUUAAUCUGGAUAUUAGCCUAUUUAUAAAUAACUCAAAAAAGUAGAAUCUAUUUUAGUUGAGAAAUAAGGAAGUAAGACUAAAAAGUAAUAUUUACAAUAUUGAUAUAAGGAUUGUUGGUACUCCAGAUUAUAUUGCCCCUGAAAUUAUAUUAGGAACUUCAGUGAGUAAUUUUAGUUCAGAUUACUGGAGUUUAGGAAUUAUAAUGUAUGAAUUGCUCUGCGGUAUUGCACCUUUUAAUGAUGAUACUGUAGAAAAAAUCUUUGAUAAUAUUUUGAAUAUGAGAAUUGAAUGGCCUUAAAUUGGAAAUGAAGAAGAAUGUAUUUCAGAACAAGCUUAUGAUUUAAUUGUAAAAUUAUUGGAACCUGACUUUAAUAAAAGAAUAGGUCAUAAAUCUAUUGAAGAAAUAAAAAAUCAUAAAUUUUUCAAAGGUUUUUUAUGUAUAAUAAUAUUUUAGGUAUCUAAUGGAAUAGACUAUUGAGUAAACCAGGUUUAAUUAUUCCAGAAUUAACUUGUGAAUUAAAAGACACAGAAAAAAUGCAAUAGUUUUUAAAAAAAUUGGAAAAGACUAAUAAAGAUUCAGAAAAUGCAAAAUUAGCCUUAUAAUUAAAGGCAUAACUUUAAAAUUUAGAAAGAAUUGAUUUACUUAAAUAAAGAAGCACAUAAGAAUCCGAUAAAUAUUUGUAUAAUUUAAUUAUUAAUUAGAUUAUAAGUGUAAAAUGAACAAAAGAAAUUAUAACAUUAAAUUGAGUUACUUACACAACUUUAUGCAAAACUUUACUAAUGUUACUCUAAGAUGUAGUGA